AAUUCUUGACCAUUCUCAUCAGAUACUCGGCGGAGGCAGGCUCUUCUACUUCCGGUUCCUACUUCUGAAGUGAAGUUGUAACGAAGUACGUUUGGAGCAAUCUAUUUGGGUAAUAUUCUAAUCGAAUCACUUCAGUAUCGAACAUUCUUUUGUGCAAGGAAAUGUCGUAGUACCAAAGUCCUUCCUCAGUUUGAUUUAUUUUCCAUAGCGUGAAAAUUGACCCUGCUGAGGGAAAGCUUGAAGAUUGUGAAAUGAAGUUUAUUAGUAAAAAUUUCCAGCAGUAAAAAGUACUGAACCGAUUAUUAUCUUCCUAAAUAACACAGUGUGCUUUGCUCUGUAAAUCUAAAAUAAUUAAACAAUUCAAAUAAAUACAAAAAUGUUUCGAUACUACUUUCGCACGUUUUUCCUAUGUGUGGGACUUUUGCUACUAUCUUUUGUUCUCAUAAAUCAAAAACAGAAUGUCUUGGACCACAAAUAUGUAGCUAUAUCCCGGAAAAUGUAUAUACAAUCCACAACGAAAAUUGUUGCAAAUGAAAGUAGGCAAAGGACUACAGAGAGUCUUGUGAAGGAAAUGCCAUCAAGGUUCUUUGUAUUUAGUCCGCAAUGCAAGAUUCCAAAGGUUAAUCCGUUUGACGAAAGUUUCAUGGCGUGGGCACGGCUGGAGUUUCAGCAUUGUGCAAAGGAACCACCUUUGGUCAGCGCUAUCUAUGAUACGAAUAAAGACAGUAUAGGCUUCAUUUGAAUUCCAAUGUGGCCUUGAAAUACUUUGCCAUUAUGGGAAUUAUGGUUGUACCUACGAGGAGGUGUGUCCUGGACCGAAUGAUUCAUUUGCCUACUUAGAACCGCCAGAAUAUUUCACUCAGGAUUGGCUAGUGCCAAAGACCUUUUUCGGAGUGGUUGUUGAGUGUCACGAGAUGGCGAACAAAUCACGGAUUUUGCAACGUGAUGCCUUCUCCUUCAUCCAGUAUCCAAAGAAUCGCAAUGAGGCAAAUGACGCCAAGAGGGCCGCCAAGUAUCCCAAUGUCUUCCUGUUCGGAAUCGAUAGCAUGUCUAAAAUGCACUUCCAUAGGACCAUGCCACGUACCUCCAGGUUCGUCAGCCAAGAGGGAUGGUAUGAGAUGGAGGGCUUUAACAAGGUGGGCGACAACACACUCCCCAAUUUGUUGGCUGUUCUCACGGGUCGAACUCCCAAACAAUGGAGAUUUAAGUGUGAUGUGAGGCUGGCGGGUUGCCUGGACAGUCUCACCUAUCUCUGGGAUCACUUUCGACACGCGGGUUACCUAACCGCCUAUGCCGAGGAUCUUGCCACUAUUUCCACAUUUAAUUACAUGAAACAUGGCUUCAUCCGUCCGCCGGUUGACUAUUACUUGCGGCACUUUCUGAUGGUCAUUGAACAAGUGGCGGAGACCAAAAUGCAUCAAGGACAAAUUUAUUGUGUGGGUCGAAGGCAUAGUUUUAGCUACAUUCUUGACUAUGCCAAGCAGCUGAUCCAACGAUUUGUCUUGGAGAAACCAAAGCCACUUUUCGGACUGUUUUGGACAAGUAGCUGUACGCACGAUGAUUUUCGGGGUGCUUAUAAUUUUGAUGAACCAUUCGUUCGUUACCUGAAACAGUUCCAGGAUACGGGCUGUUCGAAAGAUCCAUUGUGAUACUGUUCAGUGA